AUGCCCCUGACGAGAUUUGUUGCUGAUGCACUUGGUGUGGUGACGAUUUGCCUUGUUGGUGCUCUGGUUCUUCUGGGUUUAUUUUGCACCAUUUAUUCAUUUUACUUCCACAAUCGUGUCCACGGUCAAGUCUGGUGGGGCACUGGAGAGAUUCUUCGGUUGAAUCUAUUAAGACGCGACGGUAGAGUCUUGGAUGCCCUCAAUUUGAAAUGGCAGGAGACGAGGUCUGGAACUUUAAGCCCGAAAUGGAAUGCAAAAACAGCUGGUUAUGUUCUUCUAUGUUGUCUCCCUAUGUUUGUUCUUCAGCUCGUUGUUAUUUUAAUUGGACCAGAGUACAACAAGGAGAAUCGCUGGCACAAACUACCUCCUUAUUUCAUCAAAGCAGCUGCUGCUUCUAAGACCAAGGACAAUGAUAAUGUUGCCCUCUGCACUUACCCGCUGUUGAGUACCAUCUUCCUUGGACUUUUUGCCACCAUUCUAACUACAUACUUGUUCUGGCUUGGGAGGCGAAUUCUUCAUUUAGUAAUCAAUAAGGGUUUGCAAAAGAGAGUGUAUGCAUUAAUCUUUUCUUUUUCUAGUUUUCUUCCCUUGAGAGUUACUCUUCUUGGUUUAUCGGUCCUAUUUGAGCCAGAAAAACUUUUGUUUGAUGCCAUUGCAUUCUUGGCUUUUCUUUCUCUUCUAUGUUGUGCGGGGGUGGGUAUCUGCACACUCGUAUACCUUCCUGUUGCGGAUUCCUUAGCCUUACAGACUGUACAAAGAGAUAUGGAGUCUAGGAGGACUAGUGACUUGUACAAUGACACCAUUUCACUAAUUGCUAAUCAAAGCCCUCUUGAAGAAAGUGCGAUAAGAAUUCCCAGAGGGAGCUUGGAUACUUCAGUUUCUUUCAGCACAACAGAAAAUGAAGAAGUAGCCUUUGUGGAGCUGAGCCGCUUCACUUCUAUUCUGCAUUCACCCCAACUGCACCAAGUUCAUGGACCCUAA